UGGCAUCGCUUGGGGUUUCGUGUCGCAGCUCAGACAUGAACGCCGCGAUGUUCCAGCUGAGGUCGUUCGUGCACCAGCGGCUGUACGCGGCCGCGGAGGAGAUCCUGGGAGAGGUGGAGAGGACCGUCACGCUCGCUCUGUACGGAGCCCAAGUUAGUCUCUCCAAAGAGGGAGAAAGUCUGCGGCACCAGCCGGGCCUUCUGCGCAACCCAGCGGAUUCAGAAGUUCAUCUGACCAGCUGCAGCAUAGAGCACGGCGAUGAAAAUCAUGGAUCCUCAACGCAAGAGGAGUCCAACUUCAUUUUGGGUCCGGAGGUCCCAGGACCCUCUAGAUCCAGCACAGAUCAGGAUGAUAACACCUGGAACCUCUGCUUAGCUGAGACGGAUUACAAGCUGCCCGCCAUUAAAGAGGAGCAGAAGGAACUCGAGGAAUCCGACCAAACACCUGAUGUUGUUUUUCCUUCUGCUGGAAUUGUGAAGAAAGAGGGAGGUCCACCAGCUUUGCAAGUAUCAUAUGAAAUCCCUCCAGUUUCCUCCGAGUGCUCUGCAGGACUGAGUGGGAACAGCUCUAGCGAUGAGGAGCUGGUGAACAGCACAGGAGAACAGACGAUGACUCACAAUGCCAGAAUGCUGCAAGAACAAGGAGGUGAUGGUCGUCAAACCGACCAAGCAGCAUUGCCUUAUGAUAACCAAUCUGCUAAAGGGCAGAAAGAUCGCAGUUUUUGUCACUUGUGUGGUAAGGGCUUUCAGUACAUCGCCUCUUUGAUGAAGCACAUCAAAACACAUGAGAGUAAAACCGAUUGUAGUUUUUGCGGCACAGCGUUCCAAUCCACGAAACAGCUGUUAACUCAUUUGGAAGGCUGCCACAACAAAGCGUUUUUUUGUGCCGUCUGCGGCAAGACUUUUGCCAACACCCGCUCUCUCCGGCUGCACGAGCGCAUCCACACGGGCAUCCGAGACUUCGCGUGUCAGGAAUGUGGCAAGACGUUCCACCGCAGGGAGCACCUGAUCGUCCACGUGCGGACUCACUCAGGGGAGAAGCCGUAUCACUGCGACGUCUGCGGAAAGGCGUUCAGCCAGAGCCAGAAUGUCACCAUUCAUAAAAGGAGCCACUCGGGGGAGAGGCCGUAUCACUGCGACCUGUGCGGGAAGCUUUUCAACACAAGCAGCCACCUCAAAGCGCACAUGAGAUACCAUUCAGGGGAAAAGCCGUACUCGUGCGACGUCUGCGGGAAGUGCUUUCGACAGAGCGGACAGGUGAAGAGACACAGGACCACGCACACGGGAGAGAGGCCUUACGCCUGUCAUCUCUGUGGGAUGAGAUACCGGUUCGCACCCAAUCUGAAGAUGCACCUGCAAACGCACGAAAAGACGACUUGAAUGAAAACUAAAAGUUUCAGGUCAGGCCAACUCUGAGUUACAAGAAACGGGUUUACAUGUGUAUAAGAGGUGGUGUGCACCUCUCACACAUGUAUUUAAAAUCCCAGAAAGCCGUAGAUUGUGUAAGUUUAAUAAAGGAACCUCACAGUAAAGCUUUAGUUUUCUUUUCCUCGGGUUGAAUUUGGCUUGCUUCUCCAUUUCAUAUCAGGUUGGGUGCUCAGUCACAUAUUGAUGCAGCACAUUGGGGUUAAAUCUUAACUUAGAGUGGAGCGUACUCGAGUUGCAAGUCGUUGCACGUUGUAAAGACUUGCUUAGGCCAAAAAGAGACGACUUCUAUUCCAAUUUCUGUGAUCAUCAAAUGUGUACAAUAUGUUAGUCCUGACUUUUCCAUACAGCCAUUUAAUUCACCAUGCGGAAAAGACUGGCCUGCCUGUUUAUGUGUCCUCUUUCACGCAGACUCGUCAGUGGAAAUGCAAAUAUUCUCCUCCAACAUUUUCAUAUGUUUUGGUUCUGUCUUGAAGGAUUUACAUGUUUCGAUGGAAAGCCCAUCAGCAUACAACUGCUGAAGCAUUGUGUUAUCUUAUUUCGACUGUGUUCACACUUGUGGGACGGUUCAGACUUGGGUCUGAUGCGUUUUGUACUCGCACACAUUCUGGACAGCUGUCGUGACAUAAACAUGCUGCGAUGUAACUUCCACAAAAUGCUGUGCAGAGAUGCAUUUUGGAUUAUUGCGGUGGAUUUUUUAAUGAGAGCCAAGAACUCAGUUGCAGCUGAUAAACUGUAAGAAGGAGGGAAAACAGGAGGAGGAAUUCCUCUGCUAUACAAACCAAACACAAUAAGCUCUAUAGUCCGUCACAUCCUGUGUUUGAUCUGACUGCUUUCCAAGUAGACUUGAAACAUACUUUUCAAGAGAGCCUGCUUGUUUGGUGUGCACCAGGGUGCAGAUUGUGGCAUUCAGACUUCCACUGAUGCUGUAAUCAUACCAGAGGAGCUUUAUCCAACUGAUCUAAAGUGACAGCUGUGAACACAGUCUAUUGAAACUUUACCAAACUGCACUGCAUUGCCUUUGCAGCAGCUCCAUUUCACAUUUUCUUCUUUUGCACAUUUCUCAAACAUAUGUGGUCUGACCAACAUUUCCCAUUGUGAACAAUAAAGUU